UAGAAUAAAAGGAAAUAUCAUGUAAACCAGCGUAGGUUAGAAGGACAGAGCAUUUCGUGCGCUUCAUCUUCCUCGAGUGCCGGGCAUGGAAGCAGACAAGGGUAAGGUAUGUGUUACUGGAGGUACUGGAUUCGUAGCUUCAUGGUUGAUCAUGAGGCUUCUUCAGCAUGGAUACUCAGUCCACGCAACUAUCAGACCUGACCCAGAACACAAGAGGGACGUCAGCUUCUUGACAAGCCUACCAGGAGCGUCUGAGAAGCUACAAAUCUUCCAAGCUGAUCUUAGCGUCCCAGAAAGUUUUGAAGCUGCGAUUAAAGGGUGUAUAGGUGUGUUUCUUGUAGCUACUCCUGUUGAUUUUGAAAACAGAGAACCUGAGGAAGUGAUUGUAAAAAGGGCAGUUGAGGGAACGUUAGGGAUCUUAAGAGCAUGCUUGAACUCAAAGACAGUGAAGCGAGUUGUGUAUACUUCCAGUGCAUCAACAGUUGAGUUUAGCGACAAGGUUGUGGACACAAUGGAUGAGAGCUUUUGGAGUGAUGUGGAUUACUUGAAGUCCAUUAGCUACUUUAAUUUUGGUCCUUACAUAAUUUCCAAGACAUUGACGGAGAAGAAAGCUCUUGAAUUUGCAGAAGAGCAUGGAUUGGACCUUGUGACAGUAAUUCCUUCUUUCAUUGUUGGUCCCUUCAUUUGUCCUAAGUUCCCUGGCUCAGUGCACACAUCAAUGGCUAUGAUACUGGGUGAGAGGGAGCAAUAUGUUUUUCUUCUCAAUUUAUCAAUGGUGCACACUGAUGAUGUAGCUAGAGUACACAUAUUUCUAUUUGAAAAUCCUGAAGUAAAAGGCAGGUAUAUUUGUUCUUCACACACCAUGACCAUUGAGGACUUGUCUAAAUUUCUUUCUGCCAAGUAUCCGGAGUUCCCAAUACCAACACUGGAAUCUCUGAAGGACAUUGAAGGCUAUAAAACCCCAGGAGUGUCUUCAAAGAAACUGUUGGAUUCUGGUUUUGAAUUCAAGUAUGGGCUAGAUGAAAUGUUUGAUGGUGCUAUCCAAUGCUGCAAAGAGAAGGGCUAUCUAUAAUCUACCAUACGAAUACCGUAGCCCUUUUAUCUUUGCUCUGUUUAGUUUAACUUGUUUUCUUAUGAAUGCUUAUAUAUCACAGUAAUGGUUGGUAGUGAAUCUAAGCAAGAGCUUGCACCUUGGAAUCACAUGCACAUCUAGGGAUGCAAACUGCAGAGUUCCAUCAACCCAAGAAACCUGUGUCUGUGAUGUUAUAAAUGGAAGUAUGAAAACAUAGUCUGAGUUGUA